CAUGGACAAGUCAUAUGGCGCCUGAAUACCUAACUGCUGUACGAGUUCCUGGCACAGUGUUUUGUCCUCGAGCAUGUCCGACCUGCCGACGUAAGGUGACACAGUGUAUCUUCCUUCCCCUCAGUACGCCAGGUUUUGCAUGAUGGGAUUUGUUAUCACGCCUGCUCUUGUCUCGUUGAAGCAUAUCACCAGCCAAGUGUUCACUUAUUCACAUAGCCCUCAUAAAAUGCCGAAGCACUUCUUGCAUCCCCCCGAAAACUUGAACGCCAUCAGAGUUUGACGUGAUGCGAGAAUACCUCUGGACACAGACGACUUCACGGGACAACGCACACUUGUGCGCGAACACAAUGCGAUAUUGCUUGUGAAUGGCCAGAGGGGAUUGAGGACCCAACCAAGUCCAGGGGGUCAUGCCAUUAGCGUGCAGCCUUGAUUUCUAAAGUGGAACGUCGGCUGGUGAAAGCUUCAGUGUCAAUCUGAAUGUCCAGGUUCUUUAUUGCUAAUUGGCCACUGGCGAAGAAAGGGGCUUUGGUUCAGGGCGGAUGAAAGACAAUGGUCCUGUAAGCUGGGUGCUGAUCGAGAUAGACAAUGACAUGAACAAGAGCGCGCCUGAUCAGAAGAGGCUCGCGACAGCCAGUUCCUCUUCGCGAGUUAGGUGUGUGUAGUAGAGUUCAGGGGGUGUGUUGCAACGAACGUCGAUCCCUCAACGACGCCUCCGACUUAUAAAUCCAUGAAAGCCGGGAGGGGUUCUGAAGUCACUUAUGUACUCAAAAAGUAGAAAGUUGCAGAAAUGAGAGACUCGUGGGGUCAGUACCAGCAAAGCGCAAAGAGUCUGAUACAGCAACGUGACUUUGGAACCUUGGUUUUCAGAAUGAAAGACCAGACAAGGGGCGGGACUCGGGAGCGUGCCCCCAGACUGGAACACAGAGUUCCAAGAGCACGGAGCUUUUCAACCAGCAACAUGGGGCUUCAAGCUUGGCUCUGGUCUCCAAUCUCAGCUUGAAUCUAAUUGAUCUAAGAUAUCAAUCAAGAUUGAGACAGUAUUCGGGUUUAGUCAGGGAACUGAAAACGGAUACAGUCGCGAGAUUUCCAAGACUGAUGAGGGUGGUGAAGGAAUUAUUGUUGUUGUCAAGAUGAGCUUGACGAGGCCACUCCUUGCGUCAUCACCGAAAGAUGCGCCAAUUGGAUUGAUUGAUGUGGGAAUGACGGUGAUGCUCCGGUCUAAGUGCCCACUUGCUUUACUGGCUCCUCUGGAAAUGGGGUAUGGAGACAGAGAAAAUGCUAGCACGUCUGGCAUCCGCACAGUGUCAGUACUGUAAGCUGGUUAUCUCAUUUCAUGAUUUGGACCCGUUUGAAACCUUGGAAAAAGUAUGUAAUCAAUUACGACUCCCAACGUUGAAUCUAUUCGAAAGAUUGUUUUGCCGACAUUUCCAAGCCAUGAGGAGAAACAAAGACAAUUUACCUGCAGAAUACCAUUAUAACUUAUGGCUUAACCACAUGAUGCGGAGAGAGCUCGGCGACAUUAAGCUGCAAUCACCGAUUCGUGGGAUGAUGCUCGGCCAUCACGAUCGAUUUUCCUUUCAUUCUGGGUUCCUUCUAUGGCACUUCUGUUUACAGAUUCAAUGCUCCGUUUCUAAUCAGUGAAACGUUGCCCCCUGGCCCCCCCCCCCCUGCAACUCAACCAAAGUGAUUCGCCCAAAACGCACUCGUCUGGUUGGUUCCCCGGACCUUUUUUUGGAGGGGAGGAUCGAACGAUGCAAUCAAAUACAGUGCCUACAGUGUGAAGCAGGAUGCCUAGGGUGUAUCCAGUAGUAUCUAGGUGCGAGGCCAGUGUCUGUCGGUUUUGUCAGCCGGCCUAGUGUCCCCUCAGUCAAGUCCUUUCCCUUAUUUUUUCGCCCCCAGGCCUUCUUGAGUUUGCUUUCAGGAGCCCAGCCGCCGCCGCCUUUUUUUUUUGCGCCUUCUUUCCUCGCUGCCCACAACGUCAUCUCUGACGUCUUUUCUCAAUCUAAUCCUUUCACAAUCCUCGUCCAACGACGCAAUCCCGCAAGCAAAGCAACGCCCGCUUUGUCGCUCCUCGAAACACGGCGCAAAUCUAUCGUAUCCUUUUUUUUGUGUGUGUUUUGCUUCGAGAGGCACGAGCCUCAACUCCACCACGAACGCCCUUCGCGUCUGUUUAUCCUUAUCCCCUUUCUUAACCAAUCUUUUGCUUAGUACAUCGUCUGUCUCUGUCUACAGCAAAGACACGCGCGCGCCUCUUCACUCCUGCUUCUGUCUCGUUGACGCCGAGUGCCGAGUAUAAGCAAAUAUCCCUUUCACAUCCACGCUCGAGCUUUUAGGACGCAUUCCCUUGGUUGAAGAGGUUUCAGAGCGUAUGCUGUGCGCUGCCUGCGCUAUUGACUUGUCGAAAAGCGGCCAUCGCCCCUGGUCCAACUCUUAAAACCGUGCCGUCCUAUAGUAGAGUCUCAGACGGCUGCCGCGCUGCUAUUCUGUUCUUCUUCGCCUCUGACCUCAUUUGACUUUUUCGUCUUCCUCCAUCUUUGCUGCUCUACUGCCACCCACCCCCACACUUCCAGUCCAGCCAGCACUGUUCAACCUGCCAGCCCCAGAUAUAAUACAUCAUCGUCAUCAUGGGGACUACAACUGAAGCCUCUGCUGGAGGUGAGUCGAAGUCCCCCAAGCAAUCCAACAGCUCUCCUGCUCGGCCUGGUAUGUUCUUCAAUUUCCCCUACUCUUGUUUAUCACGUCGUCGACUUUACACCUACAUGCCUUGUGCCUUACCCUAUCCUGUUACAUGACGUAUGUUUGUCAUUGGUAUCGAUCAUCCCUCUCUAUCCUCAUCUCUGUCCACUUCCGUCAUCGCUUUCCUUCUCCGUCUCUUGUCCUCCGUCAUCGUCAAACCAAGGCCCCUUCAUUCAAUUGACUGUAACGCUUGCUUACAUCUUGCCUUGUCGCAGAAACUACGACCGACACGAAGGCAGCCGAUCCUCCCGUGAAAUUAGAGGCUGCCAAUGCCGAACAAGCCAAACCUCUUGCCCCUCCUCCUCGACCUGGUCAACAACAAGGCAACACCCCGGACUACUUCGCGGUUCAGGCCGGCGGAUCUCUCAGUCUGGAGCCCAAUCCAUUCGAGCAGUCCUUCGGGGGCGCUCCAGAGACACCAGGGGGAACAAAACUACCUUCAGUUGGUGCAUUGACAUCACCGUCCUCUCUUCUGGCUGGGAGCAACGCGACUCCUUUCAAUUGGGGAGGAGGCUCCUUACGUACCGGCCCUCUGAGUCCGGGAAUGCUCUCUGGUCCGGCUAAUGAUUAUUUUGGCGAUACACAUCAUCUUCGUGGGCGGAUUUCCUACUCCUAACGAAUCCUCCUUGAGGACGGGUUUGACACCAGGUGGCAGUGGUUCUAUGUUCCCUGCUCCUAGCCCCAACUCCCAAGCACUCUUCGCUCAGCUUGCUAGCGGCGGAGCAACACCCAGCACUCUCGAUUUCCAUCGCACUGCGAUGAGUGCUGCGGCCAAACGUGAUCAAAACGGCACUGCUCCACGUCCCCAAGCCCAGCAAACUUCCCAAGCCCAGCAACCCCAACAGCCUUCUGUCACUUCCCAACCCCAAGAAAUGCCCAACGGUGCUUCAACCAAUAAGUCCGAAGCGAAGCCUGCGUCCGGGCCCUUCGACCCUCACGAUAACGACGCUGCCAACGGCCUUUUUAUGCUAGCCCAGGGUCGAAACGGAGCUCAAAACGCGAACCAAUUCGCAGCGACGUCAGGUGCACCUGGCCACGCUCAUCCUGCCCCUGUCGCGCCUCAGAAUAUGAAUACUUCACCUCAAAUGUCCAGUGUUAACGGCGGCUCUAUUGGCUCAGCUCGUGGUAUGAGUGAAGGAAGCAUGAUGUCGGAUGAAAGUGAACAGGCAAGACCUAAUACACGUGGCCGGGGCAAGAAGAAUCCCCCAGCGACCAACGGUCGCAGGAAAGCGGAUGAGCCUCCCUCUAAGGCUCCCGCUAAUAAGAAGUCCAAGGCUAACAACUCCAUGCCUAUGGAUAUGGAUAUGUCUGAUGACGAAUCCAAGAUGAAAUAUGAAGAUGGUGGUUCCAAGUCCAAGAUGACUGACGAGGAGAAGCGCAAGAACUUCCUUGAACGUAACCGUGUCGCUGCCCUUAAAUGCCGCCAGAGAAAGAAACAGUGGCUGGCCAACCUACAGACCAAGGUCGAAAUGUUCAGCACGGAGAACGACGCCUUGACGGCGCAGAUAACACAACUAAGAGAAGAAGUCGUCAAUUUGAAGACGCUUCUUCUUGCCCACAAGGACUGCCCAGUUACUCAGCAGCAGGGAAUACACGGUGCAUUUUUGUCCCAGGUUGUUGAGCCUUUCAACCCUCAGAUUAACCCUUAUGGCAUGGCAGCACCUAUGCCAAACCAGCAAGUUAUGGCUGGCCAGGGUGUCCAGCGGCGUUUCUCAUAGAACGAGUUACAGCCCCAGUUAGGGCAGUCUGCCAAGGUAGAGCAACCUGACCACGCUUCUCCAUCGAACCACAUAAUACAUGGACUUGACGACCCUUUCUUUGCCCAGUCACGACACCAUUCGACCUCACCGAGGUAAUUAUUUAUUAUAUGCAUAUACAGGGUUUAGGUUUAUUCCACCGGAGGCCCAUCGGCUCACAACUUCAUUUCGCGUUUGAGCUGUACAACAUUUGAUCGGAGGCAACAUAGCUUCCAGACGGAGGCGAUGUCCGAGACCAGGAGUUUGUCGAGCUUCACUUGGAGAUCACUUGACGCUCUUGUUUUGCGCGAGGAGGCCGCUCUAUCUUGAGCGUUUCUUACUAGAGGCAGCGCCGUUACAACUUUUAACUUGUACGUAAAGUAUUUCCCAGCAAGGUACACGGAACGCGCAGUUCAAAAAGGUGUUUGGCCAGGUUGACCUUUUUGCCAGCUUGGGUGGAGGGCGUUUUGGGGAAUUCGGUUCCUGGAGAUCAAAUUCUUUGUUUGGUGUUUUGGUUUUGUGCUUUUAUACGUAGCUGCAAGCAACACAAGCUGCGAUUGAGAUGGACGAUAGUUGCAACAUGAAACACGAAGAGUAUAUACUAUGAUGUCGUUUCACUGGUGAUUUGAUAUGUUUUGCUUUACACGCAGGCAGUAGCAUUACUUAAGUGGUCGCUUCUUGAAGCCAAUUGAGGCGUGAGACUAUUAUUGAAGAUGCUAUAAGUGGCGGCAAGGCCAUUUUUGAGAUGUUUUCUCCCCCCGUCCAGAUUUGGAAGAUAGAUCCAGCUUGACAAUUCAUAGCCUCAAGCUGUUCGAGGUACUCCGUAGUGAAAAAUGCAUUGACGUUAUUUGAAUUUGCUCCAC